GCUACGCACAUCGGCAUCCUUGCUGACGUGUAGUGGUUCCCAUCAGCCUGCGCAUGCGCAGUGGCGGCGGCUCAAUGUACGCAACACCGGCGCUGUGCUGGAGUUUGACGUGGCACUCUCGGCUCGCGAUUCAAUAUCACCAGAGGAAAGGACACAUCGUUUGCUUUCAGAUCACGCUUUUUGGUCCCAGACUGGAAUGAAAACUGUAUAAGAGUAAGAUGAGUCAGCAAGGUUAUGUUGCCACCCCUCCAUACUCCCAGGCCCAGGCUGGAAUGGGGGGAUACUCUGCUGGUUUUGGGAACCCCCCACCUCAGUCGCAUUAUGGCGCUUAUGGAUCUCCUCCACAGGGUUACUCCGCCCCUCCAACAGGUAUGCUCAAGCCUCCUGCCUCCUCUUCUUCUGGGAUGCCUCCACCACCAGUAUCCAGCCAGUAUGGUGCUAACAUUCAGCAGAAUGGGGCCCAUCCCCACAGUUUCCCUCCUCCUGUUGCUUCAGCUGCUUCUAUGUCUCCUUAUGGACAGCCUCCUCAAAGUGCUUAUUAUAGUAUGGCACAAGCCCCACCUCCAACUCAACAGCUGACCAAUCAAAUGAGUGGCAUGAACAUUGGAGGAUAUGGCCAAAGGCCCAUGCAGGUACCACAGUCUCCUUCCAGCUCAGCAGCACCACAACAAUAUCACACAUCACCUCCACCAGCAAUGGGGCAUCCGCCCAUUUCUCCACCAGGACAGCAGCCGCCAUCAUUUGGAUCUCCUCCACCAAUGGCCAUGAGGGGUUCUGUGACAUCUCCGCCAAUGGGAAUGUCUGGUCCACCUGGACCAGGUGUCCACCAACCACCAAUGGGACCCCAAGGCUAUCAACAGCAACCAGGGAGCCCGAUUUCAGGCCCGUAUGGUGCACAAAUGGCAGGUCAACAGAUGGCAGGGCCACAGUCGGGUGCUUUCCCAGGAGGCUUUCCUGGAGGUCCAGCACAAAUGGCAGGCCCUCCUCAAAAGAAGCUGGACCCAGACUCUAUUCCAAGCACGACGCAAGUGAUUGAGGAUGACCAGGCUAAGAGAGGAGGCCAGGUGUACGUCACAAACAUCAGAGGUCAGGUGCCUCCACUGGUCACCACAGAUUUCACAGUGCAGGAUCAAGGGAAUGCCAGCCCAAGGUUCAUGCGGUGCACAACAUAUUCCUUCCCCAGCACUGCUGACCUUGCAAAGCAGUGCAAAGUGCCUCUGGCAGCCAUUAUUAAACCCUUUGCCACUGUGCCCAAAAAUGAGAGUCCUCUGUAUAUUGUAAAUCACGGUGAGACUGGACCAAUCCGCUGCAACCGCUGUAAGGCCUACAUGUGUCCUUACAUGCAGUUUAUGGAUGGAGGACGACGCUACCAGUGUGGCUUCUGCAGCUGCGUUAAUGAAGUUCCAGUGCAGUAUUUCCAGCAUUUGGACCAUAUGGGGAGAAGAAUGGAUCUGUAUGAGAGACCAGAACUGUCUUUGGGCUCAUACGAGUUUAUUGCCACAUUGGAUUACUGCAAGAAUAAUAAACCUCCAAAUCCUCCUGCCUACAUCUUCAUGAUCGAUGUCUCCUACAACAACAUAAAGAGUGGACUUGUGAAACUAAUAUGCGAGGAACUGAAGACGCUGCUUGACCUACUUCCAAAAGAGGAGGGAGCAGAGACUUCACCCAUCAGAGUGGGUUUUGUCACCUAUAAUAAGAUCCUGCACUUCUAUAACGUGAAGAGCACUCUGGCCCAGCCGCAGAUGAUGGUGGUCUCUGACGUGGCUGAGAUGUUUGUCCCACUUCUCGACGGAUUCCUCGUCAACUUCCAGGAGUCCCGAGCUGUCAUCAACAACCUUUUAGAUCAGAUCCCUGACAUGUUUGCUGACACCAACGAGAGUGAGACGGUUUUCGCUCCGGUCAUCCAAGCUGGUGUGGAGGCACUAAAGGCUGCUGAAUGCAGUGGCAAACUCUUCAUCUUUCAUUCCUCCAUCCCAACAGCAGAGGCUCCAGGAAAACUCAAAAACAGAGAUGACAGAAAACUAGUGGGUACAGAAAAGGAGAAGACUCUGUUCCAGCCUCAGCGGGGUGUGUAUGAGCAGCUGGCUAAAGACUGUGUGGCACAAGGCUGUUGUGUCGAUCUCUUCCUGUUUCCUAACCAGUAUGUGGAUAUGGCCACCAUGGGAGAUGUGCCGUCACACACCGGCGGCUCCAUCUACAAGUACAGCAACUUCCAGAUGGAGGUGAAUGGUCAGCAGUUUGUCAGUGACCUCCGGAGAGAUGUGGAGAAGUGCAUCGGAUUCGACGCCAUCAUGCGCAUCCGUACUGGCACAGGCUUCAGGGCGACAGACUUCUUUGGUGCCAUAUACAUGAACAACACUACAGAUGUGGAAAUGGCAGCAGUGGACUGUGACAAGGCCGUGACGGUCGAGUUUAAACAUGACGACACACUCAGCGAGGAGUCUGGAGCUGUGAUGCAGUGUGCUCUGCUCUACACCACCAUCGGAGGCCAGAGGAGGCUGCGGAUUCACAACCUCAGUCUGAACUGCAGCUCUCAGCUGUCUGAACUCUACAAGAGCUGCGAGACAGACGCCCUCAUCAACUUCUUCGCCAAGUCAGCGUAUCGGGCCAUGCUCAACCAGCCACUGAAGACCGUGAGGGAGAUCCUGGUGAACCAGAUGGCUCACAUGCUGGCCUGCUACAGGAAGAACUGCGCCAGUCCUUCAGUAGCCAGCCAGCUAAUCCUGCCUGAUGCGAUGAAGGUGUUUCCCGUCUACAUGAACAGUCUGUUGAAGACUCCGACUCUGGUGAGCAGCGCUGAGCUCUCCACAGAUGACCGGGCCUUCCACAGACUCUUGGUCAAUGCGAUGGGAGUGGAGGAAACACAGGUCCUGCUGUAUCCACGCCUCAUCCCGCUGCACACUAUGGAUGUGUCCAGCGAGGCGAUCCCGGCUCCAGUGCGUUGCUCUGAGGAGCGGCUCAGCGAGUCCGGCAUCUUCCUGCUGGAAAACGGGCUCUCCAUGUUCCUCUGGCUGGGACAGGCCUGUCCACCCGACCUCAUCCAGAACCUCUUCAGUGUGCCCUCUCUCGGCCACCUGUCCUCAGAAGGGCAGAUGUCAUUACCUGUGCUGGAUAAUGCUCAUUCCAGGAAGAUCCAUUCAAUCAUCUCCAGCAUUUUACAGCAGAGAGCCACAUCCAUGAAGCUGCUGAUAGUGAAGCAGAAGGACCGAUCGGAGAUGUUGUUCCGUCAGCACCUGGUGGAGGACAAGGGUCUUCACGGAGGAGCUUCUUACAUGGACUUCCUGUGCUACGUCCACCGCGAGAUCAGGCAGCUGCUUACUUAACUCUCUCUCUCUCACAC